AUAAUGUUUUAAUGAUGAAAACAAAUGUUGUAAAGUUAAUAGAUUUUGGUUUUGCGAUUUGCAUGCCAUAAAAUCAAAAAACUAAUGUUUAUUGUGGAACACCUCAUUAUAUGUCUCCAGAAAUCAUAGCUAAAGUAUUUUUAUAAUUAUUUUAAGGUUCCUCAUCAUCCAUCUAGUUCAGAUAUUUGGUCUUUAGGAAUUCUUUUAUCCAAAAUGAUAACUGGAGAAUAUCCUUUUAAAGGAUAAAAUGAUAAAGAUUUAUAUCGUUAAAUUUAAUGUUAAAAAUUGAGAACUAAUUAAGAUAAAAAAAUCAAUGAAAAUAUAAUGAGAGUUAUAAAUGGAUGUUUAGAAAAAAAUAUAUAAAGCAGAUGGAAUAUAGAUCAAAUUAUUAAUGAUCCUGUGUUUCAUAAAGAUCUUUUAAUACCUUCAGCAAAAGGUUUUUUGAAUUAAUGA